AUGGAUGAUGGAAGGACACAAAUGCAGUAUCUUCGAUUGCUUCUUAAACGGACAGAGGAGGCAAGCGUGGAUAGGUACGUCGCAGCCAUGAGGAAAUUGCAGAAAAGAGCACAAGGGUGUUAUGCUGACUCCAUAAACCUUAGCAACGACGAGUUUGUGGAAAUGAUGCUUUUCGACAGCUGUUUUAUCGUUGAGUUUCUCCGCAAAUUCUCCAUGACAAUGUUGAGAGAUACAAACGACCCUAUCUUCAGAAUGGAUUGGAUCCUCCACGGUAUAUGGCGGGACUUAAUGCUGUUCGAGAAUGAACUUCCGUUCUUCAUUGUCGUGCGUUUGUUCACCAUGACGAAAAUUCCAGAUCCACGAGACAACAUCAUCGACUUAUUCAUACGGUACGGCUAUUGUGUCCGAGAACAUUAUAUUUGCACCAUGCCUCCGGGUUUGGAGAGGUUUCUGAAAACAUCGUACGGGAUUUCACCCGACCACGUGAAGCAUUUUCUCGGUCUAGUACACCUUUUCGCAUCAUCUUCUGUUGCCAAAUUGGUGUCUAAUAGAAAUAUUUGCCACGACAAAAAGAGAUGGGAGUAUACACAUUCUGCCACAGAGCUACACGAGGCCGGGAUCAGGUUCAAGAAGGCUACGCGUACCCCCUGGUUAUACAUAAGGUUUGUGAACGGGGCUAUCGAGAUCCCGCAUUUUGCUGUCGAAGAGACGUUCGAGAUUAUCUUCAGGAACUUGAUCGCGCACGAGGAGCAUCUCCAGGACGCCGGCCCCAAAUACGUCAAGGAUUACCUGACUUUCUUGUGCUGCCUCAUCAACUCCGCGAGGGACGUCAGUUUGCUCCGCCGUUGCGGGAUUCUGAACAACAUGCUGGGCGACGAAAGCCGUUUCGGCAGUCUUCAGCAAGGCUUCCACGUGUGUCAUGGUGUCUCGCGCCGACUUCUGUUAUUACGGGGACUUCAACGACAUAAAUGCCUUGGCACAGACCGUGCUAUCUGGUCUUGCUUACUUUUGUCAAAAACGAUGAGCCAAUUUAUUGUUCUAGAUGGUGGUAGGGCUGCUAAACGAACUAAGUUAUUUGAGUUUGAACUCGUGUUCAUUUGUUAA